AUGCUCAAAUUAGUGUCGAUAAAUCGCUUUAAAGUGGCGGGGGCGUCAAAUAGCAAUGGAAAAGGGGGCCGACAAGCUGCCCCGGUCGACGUGGGGUCUCCCCUGCUCGAUUGGGAAGAGGGUGACCAUUUCAGUUUUGAGGACUCGGAACGUUUCGAAGGUGAUUCGUUGUGCAGUUGGAGCUCGGAGCCUGAGAGCCUGUGCAACAACUGGCGAGGAUGGAGAAGGCCGAAUCUACAGAACUCAUUCGGCAACCGUUCCGCGAAAAAGUCCGUUCAAGAAAAGACAGUAUCAACUCUAAGCGAGUUAGCAGCAAAGUGCGUGGCCUGCCACAUACCGUUUGAACUAGUAGAACAUGUGUACCCACCCGUUCCGGAGCAACUGCAGCUACAGAUCGCCUUCUGGAGCUUUCCGGACAGCGAGGAUGACAUCAGACUGUAUUCAUGUCUGGCAAAUGGGUCAGCGGAUGAGUUCCAACGCGGCGAGCACUUGUUUAGAGAUAGAGCGGUUAAAGAUGUGCUACAGAUUGGUUUCCACUUGUCAGCCACGGUGUCGUUCAACAUGCCACGAGCCCAGUUCAACGUGGCAGUGACGUUCGACAGACAGCGAAUAUCGUCGUGUAACUGCACUUGCUCGUCCACAGCGCACUGGUGCUCGCAUAUCGUCGCCGUGUGCCUUUACAGGAUACAUUUGCCAACACAAGUAUGCCUGCGAGCGCCUGUAUCCGAGUCCCUCCAACGUCUCAGACGCGACCAACUCCAGAAGUUUGCACAAUACCUUAUAUCAGAGCUGCCUCGUCAAGUCCUCCCCACGGCUCAGCGUAUACUGGACGAGUUGCUAUCCGCCCAGCCGAACCAGAUUAACACGACCUGCGGGGCGCCGGAUCCGACCGCCGGAGCGUCCGCGUAUGAAUAUACGUCGUGGUUCCUGGAUGAGAAGACCUUGCACAACAAUAUCAAUAAGAUUUUAGUCAAGUUCUGUGUUCCUGCUCCUAUAGUCUUUAGUGACGUAAACUACCUAAGCACAAGUGCGCCCCCGGCCGCAGCUGAAUGGUCGUCCCUUCUCCGGCCCUUGCGCGGCCGAGAACCAGAAGGCAUGUGGAACCUACUAUCCAUCGUGCGAGAGAUGUUCAAACGGAGCGACAGGAACGCUAUACCACUUCUGGAGAUCAUCACUGAAGAGGUUAUGGCGUGUGAACAGAUAAUAGUGUGGUGGUACAGCACAAAAGCAGCGCUAGUGGCUUGGGGCGGCGGCGGCAAGCACGGCGGCAGCGGCAACUCCGCCGCGCAGCAUGCUUGUUCAUCUCUAUGCGAUGAGGUUGUGGUACUCUGGCGUCUUGCUGCCCUGAAUCCCGGCCUGGCUCCUCAUGAGCGUGACACUUUGCACGAGCAAUUCACUCAGUGGCACAUGAAAGUGUUGGAUAAGGUGGCCAAAAAUCGCAACAACCACAUGGGCAGCUCAUCAUCCCACACUCGCCACACAAGGACCCACUCCCACCCCCCCUACAUCAACGGGAUAUCAGAAAACGAAGUGUUCCCCGGCUUCCAACCUGCUAUGGAGGCCUGCUAUCUAGAGUGGGACGACUAUCAGAUACCCGGAGUGACAUACACUAAGGACUUGAACCCGCUGUAUCACAGCCCGUUCACUAUAUUCAGACAUGCUGAUAAACAGACGGAUGUGCAUCAGGUGAAUUCCUCAAAAGCAGUAUUAAACAACGAGAUGUCUUUGAGCUACCGUCUCACCAACCCAGAUCCUCACCGCGCCUUGGUACACCGGACCAGAAUCAAUGUGGACUUGGCCAUCCCCGGACCUUCAGGACAACAACCUUGUGGCUCGGGUGAAGGCAGCAGUGACCAGCCUGGGCCCAGUGAUGGAAACCAUUCCAGUGUUUCAUCUGAAGGUUUCUGCGAGAACGAAGAAGAGAUACUAGUAGCCAGCGGCGUCGACACAGACUCGCAAGAGUCCAGCUCUCCCGCAGUAUCAUCAGAUGACGCGGCGCGACGCGUAUCCAACGAUGACUCGGUGUCUGAUGACGACUGUAACCUGUACUUCUAUGAUACGGCCGCUGCUAGGCGCGCUGUGGCCGGCGAGGGAACUAGCGGCACUGCUGUGCAAUGCUCCGCCUCGGCCACAAGCGGCUGGGAGUGCGGCUGGGAGGUGUCGUUCGCGCGCGCCGAGGGCCUGCAGGCGCACGGGCACGCGCGCGAGGCGUGCGCGCUCGGCGCGCGCCUGGCCCAAGAGCUGCUGGCCCGCCCGCCGGCGCUAGGUUCGAGCACAGGCGGUGCCAACAGCCACGACAUGCGAAAAGCGCGCCGUCGCCACAUGCCGUCUCCUCGACUAUGCGCGGCCAGUCAUCGACUGUCCUGUCUAGCGUCAGCUACGUUGGCCAAAUGCGCCUUCUUAUGCACCGUCCUAGCAGAAUUCAGCGAGCACCACGAGUUAGCUUUCCGCGUGGGGCUAUUCGCACUAGAAAUGGCGCGACCCCCGGCCAGCACGAAAGCCCUAGAGGUCAAACUCAACAACCAGGAGACUGAGCUAGUAGCGCUGUUGAAGAAACUCCCUACUGGCCCCGAACAACUAGCUUUAGCUAGGGAGAAGGCUGAGCAACUUCGUGAUGGCAUGCUGAGAAAUCGAGGACCAGCGCUACUACCUAUCGCGUUGGCCAGUUUUCUGUUCGACGUCCUAGUUUUAUCUGCGACUGACAAGGAAAACAAGCAUCCUGUAAGUAGAAAGGCGAGACAACCUUCAGAUGAAGCAUUAGGCUUCGAGGCGGCAGUGGCCGCUCUAGGCCUGAAGGCGAACGUGUCCGAGGCGGAACACCCUUUAUUAUGCGAGGGCACAAGACGCCAGCGGGGAGAACUGGCCUUGACGCUCUUGGCCUUCUACAAGGACGACUCUGUCAAGCUGGCCAGGAUUAUGAACAAGCUGCUGGACCGCGACAUCCACCAGCUGACGAAGGGCCCGAUGGUGAGCGUGUACUACACCAACAACCCGCGCCUCGCCGCGCACCGCGACGCGCAGCCGCCGCCCGCGCCCGCGCCCGCGCCGCCGCCGCCCUUCAAUCACUUGAGAAAGAUGACGUACUCGUACGCGCCGCAACAGGUACAUAAUCAGGUGCAGUGUCAACUAGUGGCCGAAAUGGAGCGAUUGGUCGUGUCGGAGGGCGGCGCUAGCCCGCCUGCGCACCCGCCGCCGCACCAACCACCGCACCAGACUCUCGCAAGGCCGAAGGACUCUAGAUACAAAGGCAAAAGACUGUACCCAUCAGUGCCUAACCAACCUUCAGAAGCGUCAGCACACUUCAUGUUCGAGCUGGCCAAAUCAGUGCUCUUCAAAGCCGGUGGGUCCUCAUCCACCAGCCUCUUCACGCAGACAUCCUGUGCCAGAGAACAUCACGGGCCACACCGAGGUUUACACAUGGCGGCGUUUCAACUCGGGCUGUAUGCUUUGGGACUUCACAACUGCGUGAGCGCCAACUGGCUGAGCCGUACCUAUUCUUCGCACGUCAGUUGGAUCACAGGUCAAGCCAUGGAUAUCGGUGCGCCUGCAAUUUUGUUCUUGAUUGACGCUUGGGAAGGACAUUUGACGCCACCAGAAGCUGCGGGUAUUGCUGAUAAGGCAUCGUCAGGCCGAGACGUGCACACAGUUCGCGCCGCGGCCGAGCUAGCUCUAUCUGUGUUACCGCACGCACACGCUCUCAACUACAACGAGAUUCAACGCGCCGUCUUACAGUGUAAAGAACAAAGUGACGCUAUGCUGGAACGAGCGUGUUUGACCGUCGAGGCGGCCGCUAAAGGCGGCGGAGUGUACCCCGAAGUCCUGUACACGGUGGCGCGCUACUGGCACGAGCUGUACCUGCGGCAAGCCAACGAGGACACGGAGCCGCUACUCGAGGAGCCGCAGUACCGCGCCGCGCCGCCCGUGCACCUGCCCGUGCCCUACCCGCUGCCCUACCCCUUCACCUACCACCCCUACCCGCCCAUCUACCAGCUGCAGUACGGCGGCGCGCCACCCCCACACGCGGUGAGCGGGCAGUACGCGCUGCCGCCGUACUUCGUGCGCGGCCUCGUGCCGCACGCGCCGCUGGCCCCGCUGCCCGCGCACCCCGCGCACCCGCCGCACCAGCAGAUGCCGCAGCACCAGCUGCAGCACCCACCGCCGCUGCCCGUCAACGUCAACCACGGCGCACCCAUCCCCCCUCCGCUACCCGCGAUAGCCGGCGUAGCGGGCGUAGCGAGCGUCGGGCCCGUAGCCGGCCACGGCGGCGUCGGCGUAGCGGCGCCGCUACCCGCGCCCGUAGCACCUCCUUUACCACAGGCGCAGCUACGGCGAUUACUAGCUGCCUAUCGCGUAGGCAUGCUGGCGUUAGAGACGCAAGCUAGGAGGGUCCAUGAUGAUCGGCCGCAGAACAAGUUUGGCAGAAACCCACCGUACGGCGAGCACGUGAAAUGGCUCCUCCGCAUCUCGAAGCGGCUCGGCGCGCAGUACCUGCACCAGUUCUGCGUGUGCGCGGUGAACUCGGUGGUGUCGCCGUUCGUGCUGUACGAGCUGUGCGUGGAGUCGGCGCACUGGCUGGCGCGCGGCGGGCCGCACCACCUGCUCAUGCAGCACCUGCGCGGCACGCUCGCGCCGCUCGUGCAGAAGUGUCAGCAGAUGUACAUCCAGUGCAUACACCAGAAGCUGUACCACCUGACGCCAGUAGAGUACGAGGAGUUUGUCAGCAUCGUGCUGUCGGCGCGCACCGCCUUCCAACUAACGCCGGAGGGCAACACGCAGUUCAAAGAGUGGCUCGCCUCGCUCAGAAGGUCCAAAUCGUGCAAGAAGGACCUGUGGACCCAACUGAACGCCGCGCUCCAGACGAACGGCAAAUGACGCCGGCAGCCGAUAGUUUGUAUGGUGCGGUAUACCGCGCGCAAACUGUCACAAUACAGGCGAUGGCCGCGGUACAGGCUGCUAUACCAACUGCACACUCUCUAAUAGUACACCUUGUGUUAUUUGUAAUAGAGUUUCGACGUCGCUUAUUUGUGAGUACAGUUCGGCAGUAGUCGGGUUAGGUAACCGCUAGGGUUUUCGUUUUGUAUGGUGUGCUACGUCCCUAUGUAUACGUUAGUUAGUUUACAUCGAACAAAUAACAUCAACUUUAUUCAUAAAAUUCACAACUAAACCGAAAAACGACUCUCGUUAAAAAUAACUUGUGCCCAGUUCUAAAACGCGCAGUUUAAUGCUAUGUAUGAUGUGAUCGAUGGAAUGUUGGGAAAAUGACAUAACGCUGAGGUAAGCGCAUUGACGUGUUUCAUACAUUCCUUGAUAUCAUGCGUGCAACAUCUAUAAUAAAACAACAGUUCGCAUUUUUGCGCGUGAACUCUCCGUUGUAUUAUGCUUGUGAGUCGACGCCAAACAUAUAUUUAUCGUCUUAUUUCAAUAGAAUAAGAUGUAAAAGUGUAAAUAUAUCUUUGACGUCAACCGUAUUUGGACUCGUAACAUUGAUUGUUUGUUGUAGGUUUAACAAGUCAAGAAUAUAAAGUGGGGGCGUAGCAUAACUUUAGAUUUUACUUUACGAGGCGUUCCAUGUCCAAAGGGACCUUAAGUUUUAUCUGUAAAAAGGUGGAAUUUUAAGUGAAAAUGUCUUUAUGGCUCUUGAGGCAUAAGGAACUUUCUGUAAUGGAACGUCACGUAUAAUUUCUGACGCGGCCGCGUUGCGUGCACUAUUUAUACAUCUCCAUUACAAAUAAUACACGCUUUUCGACU